CAUUGCGUGAACCUGUUUUGAAAAAGAAAUGUAGCUUGUAAAGUUCUGUGUAAAUGAGUGUUAUGUUCAAAAGCAAAUUACGUUUUCAAACUGCGCAGUUUACGUUAAGCACGUACGACAGACAUUUCCUGCGUAUUGGAGUAUUGCUGUGGUUAGCAAUGGCGGAGCUCAAAGAGGCAGAUGCUGCUCAGCUACACCAGGAGGACGUCGAUAUCAAACAUGGUGGAGAUGCAUCGUCAGCUGGGGACAAAGCUGCAGAUCAGGCAGAGAAGACUGAAGGCGCUGCAGACAGUGACGCCAAGCCCUCAACUACCAUUUCAGACAGACACAUCUCCAUCCAGACUAAACUGGAAGGACUCGAGGUGCUGGUUGACCUCAAUGGUGCGGGACGUAAGUCGUGCCCUCUGUGUCCCGAGGAGAAGUUUAAAGCCUGCUACAGCCACAAGCUCCGCAGACACCUGCAGAACCUCCACUGGAAAGUCUAUGUGGAGUUUGAAGGCCAGAUGAUGUGCAUCUGCCACCUGCCCUGCAGAAACCUGAAACCCAGCCUCAGUGGAGAUCAGGCCUCGGGGAGACACGUGGCUCACUACCACUGUGUGGUGUGUUCUGUCACCAUCGCCCGGAAGACGGACAUGAUCAGCCACCUGAAGCGGCACGUCAACAAAGGAGAGACUGAGGCCAGCUACUCGGGGAGCUCAGACGUGCAGUAUGAGGAGCCGGCUCCGUCCGGUCAGCCGUAUGAGAUCAUGAAAGAACUUGGAACCAACGUCCAGCUCCUCCCGAACCACACCACCCCGCAGAAGAGCGACACCUACUUCAACCGCAAGAUGAAGACCAACAGGCAGCUGGUGUUUUGCUCCCUGGCAGUGCUGGCGGAGGAGAGGAGCCCGAUCGAGUGUCUGGAUGCUUUUGGAGCCACAGGUGAGAUUCAAUAG